CAGUAAUCGACAUAAAGCCACUUACUUGCGAGAAUGGCGCGAUUUUCGAUAUUCUGCAUCAUGAUGGCUUGUGUUCUUCUGCCACAUCUCAUCGAAAUGAAUUUGGCUACGAAAGCUGAGAAAGUUCCACCACCUGUUGAUGAGAAAGUUUCCGCGAAAUCCCCAGACGCAAACAAAACUGCUGAGACGUCUCCGGCGAAGACGAACGCCACGGGAGAGAAUGAUACCGUGAAGGCGAAAGCAGAGAAGGUUGACGAGAAGGUGAAAGGCAUUGUAAGCGUGAAGUCUGUGAAUGGGACAUCGCAUCAAACGAGCGCAACCCUGGUGAAGGAUAAGAGCAAGUCAAAAGAAGGGAAGGGUAAGAAGAGCGUGAAAGACAAGAAGGACGAUUCUGAUGAUGACGAUGACAAGGACGAUGAUGAUAAGGAUGAGAAGGACGAUGAUGAUGACAAGGAUGACAAGAAGAAGGAGAAGAAGCAGCAGAAGAAGAAACAGAAAGAGCAGAAAAAGCAGGCGAAGAAGGAGCGGAAGAAGCAGGCGAAGAAGGCCGCUAAAGCUGCGAAGGCGAAGAAGGUCAACGAAACUGAGAAGGCGAGUGUAGACGCUAAGCAGUUGAAGAAUGUGAACGUGACGGCCAUUGGGAAGGAUAAUAAUACGACGGUGUAGAUGUGUGUUGUGUGGAGAUUCAGCCGACUGUGUGGAGGAGAGUAAUGAAUUGUCAUAUUGCCUUCAUUAUAUAUUCAAUAAAAGCCUAAUAAAUG